UGGGAUUUGAGGCGCAGGUGGAUUUACGACGAUGAAGUGAACAAUUGCUGAAAUGCGCGGGCUAGAAAUACCGCGCUUGAGCAGCGCUUUGCGCGCUGCCACAGUCCAGAAAAGAACAGGCGUCAUUGUGACGGUGUCUGAUGAUCCUGCUUAUGAAAACUUGCUGAAGAAGCGAAAACAACGAGAAACUGAGAGAUCCCGAGAAACCUUCACGUGGAAAGAUUUCAUUUCAAGAGCUCGUUCUGUCGCUGGUGUGAAUGAAGCAAAGCUGACGCAACUCGCUGCGACAGUGAAAGAUGUUGCCGUGUUUUUAAGCGGAGGAGAAGAAGCUUCGUCGGUCGAUGAAGCCGCCAUUUUCCUGCUCAAAGUGUUCCACAAGAAAACCAUUGCGUCGAUGAGUGAUAUUGCCGAAUUGCGUAAGGUUUUCGGCGACGUGGACCUGCAACUGGCUCGUGAUGCUUGCAAGGCUGUUGGAGAGAUUCGUGAAAUUUUGCCGCUGGAAUUUUUCGACUCGUUCGUCUCGGAAAAUGCGUCGGAGGGCUCAUCCACCGAAGAAUUUGGAUUGAACUGUGAUGUCACGAUCGCGGAACCGUUGGAACAACGGUUUGAGAUACAUUUCUGGGACAAGAAACUCGUCAACGUGUUGAACGAAGGUGCAACUGCUGUCGACACCAGAGACGAUGUCCCAUCAUUGUGGCAAAAUGGUCUCGUUCACUCUGCUCCAACAAGCAGCAAAUGGAACCGACAUUGGCUGGAAGCAAAGCUAAUAGAAGGCGGAUGUGGUAGUGCGAAAGAUCCGGUAGCUUUGAAUGACCUGAUUAACUCUGUCAUUAGUGUAGUCGGGUCAACGAAGCCUUCAAAUGAAAUUCAAAAUGAGCUCUUCGAUCUUCUGGGAUUUGACUUCUUUGAGCUGAUUCAGGAGAUGCUCGAGCACCGACAAGAACUCGUGGACGCGACGAAAGAAAAAUUUGAGAAAGCCGCUUCGGAAGGGGAAUGUCCAUCCAAGGAAAGACAGGCGAUGCGCGGCGUCGGCAUCUCCCCAGUCGGGAAUAUGUACGUGCCCACAGUACUUCGGUCUUGA